AUGAGGCUUGGAGAACGUAUAGGGAAACCCAUGCGGGUAGACCAUGCAACACUGUCGGGGGCGCGAAGCAACUACGCCCGAGUUUGCGUCCAAGUUGAUUUAACUCGACCUUUGUUAUCCCAAUUUACUAUCCACGGGAAGAAGUACUUCAUUCAAUAUGAGGGGCUUGACAAAAUAUGUUUGCAGUGUGGUACGUAUUUCGAGCGCAUUCGGUGCUCUUGCAUGGGGAGGAAUGAGGAAAUGGAGGUGGAGGAACCCGCUGCUACCCCUACAAGGACUGAGCCUAAGCAACCAGAUACAGUGUAUGGGGAGUGGAUGAUCGCUAAGAAGAAGCCAAGGUCUCGCAGGCCGACCUCAGAGCCGGAAAGGGGAAGCCAAGAAAAGCGGAGAGUUCAGGUACAAGAGAGGGAAAGACAAAAUGGGUCUCGAUUUAAUGUACUGGAGGUGGAAGAGAUAGGGGGCGAGGGGGGUGCUUCGACGGAAAUACGACCCAUGCAUUCUGCUGAAGAACGGGAUAAAAAUAAAGGAAAAUCUAACGAGAGGGAGAAAGAGAAGGAGGUUGUGAACCUGACCAACUGUGAGCAGUCCAAAUCCAAUACAAAAGUGGACCCGCCGGUGGAUCAACCACCCUCGGACCCCCAGUAUUCCUCUCCCCGACCUAGUCCGAUAGCACAAACGGUAACAAAUCACGUUAGCACCAUAUCCCCACCAAGCCAGGGUAGCAAUGCCAUGUGGAUGGAGCUGGGCCAAGGUGACAUGGGGAAGCUUAGCAAAGGGAUCGGUGGUAACAAACAAGAGAAGCCACCGGAUCCCAGAGUUCCGAACAUUCCAAGAGGGGACAUACCAACGAGGAUGGAUGGCCAACAAGGGAAAGUAUUAAGCGACGGUAAUGGGAAGGUAGGAGAGGGCCUCAAUGAGGAGGCUACCUCACUUUGA